AAAUAAGAUUAAAAUAAUAAUAAUAAUAUAAUAAUAACCACCCAGCUGCGCACAUUCACAUUUCACAUUUCACAUUUCACAUCAUCACCACCAUCAUCAUCAUCAUAUCAUCAUCAUCAUCAUCAGAACCUGUCGCCCACUUGCCUUGCCUAACUUGUUCACUUUCCGUCAUCUCCAUUCCACCGCCGUUCGUCUAUCAACCUGCAUCACCGCCGCUCCCAAUUCCGACCGUCGACCCCGAUCUUCUUCCACUUUGUUUGGUUUGUUUAUGGAGCUUUGUAUGUGGUAUAUUUUAUAAUUCUCUUCAGAUAUGAAAUGCCAGUUGAAAUCAGCGGCAUCGUUUUGGGGCUUUAGUAGCUGAGUGUUACAGGCGGCAAGGGAGAGGGGUGAGUGGCUGAAUUAACGUUAAUUUGGAAUGUCGGAUGCCAUCACUUGGAACCAUGGGUGUGUCGGUAUGCUGUUUCUCCGCUUCUGGGGAACAAGUGAAGUUGAUUAGUUGAUUAGACCUGCCUAGGGCUUUUUCUUUCUUUCUUUCUUUUUUGGGGUGUUCAAGCUCUGAUCUUUUUUUUUUUGGCUCGAAUUUUCUCUGCCGUAAUUGGUUUCUUUGGUGUUAUUUUAAUUCAUUCUUAAUUUUGUUUUUAUAAUCUGGGUGGGGUUUGAUUAAAAAAAAGAAAAGAAAAGAUGGAGGCUAGAUUCGGAGGCCAUCAUUUCUAUGGAGUGAGCUCCGGGAAGAGAACACUGGAGUGGGAUUUGAACGAUUGGAAGUGGGACGGAGACCUGUUUAUCGCCACGCCGUUGAAUCAGGUGCCGUUGGAUAACAGCAUGGGCAGGCAGUUUUUGCCACUUGGGUCUGCUGGGAUCCCGGUGACUGGGGGAUCAUCGAACAGUUCUUCAUCGUGUUCGGAGGAAGGAGGGAACGUGGGGACUGACAAGGAGAAGAGGGAGCAUGAGAAGAGAAGGAGGGUUCUUGAGGUGGAAGACGAGGACCGUUUAAAUCAGGAAGGCGCCGGCACCCUUAGUUUGAAGCUUGGAGGACAUGGACACGGUUACCAGGUGUCUGAAAGGGAGGGAGGGAAUUGGGAGGGAGCGAGUGGUAAGAAAACCAAGUUGGGUGGGGGUGCCACUCCAAACCGUGCAGUUUGUCAGGUGGAGGACUGUGGGGCUGAUCUGAGCAAUGCCAAGGAUUAUCACAGACGUCAUAAGGUCUGCGAGAUGCAUUCCAAGGCUAGUAGGGCUUUGGUGGGAAACGUCAUGCAGCGUUUCUGUCAGCAGUGUAGUCGGUUUCACGUCCUUCAAGAGUUUGAUGAAGGGAAGAGAAGUUGUCGCAGACGAUUAGCUGGUCAUAAUAAACGGAGAAGAAAAACAAAUCCAGAUACUGUUGUUAAUGGAAAUUCACUGAAUGAUGACCAGACUAGUGGUUAUCUGUUGAUAAGUCUACUAAGAAUACUGUCCAACAUGCACUCCAAUAGAUCUGACCACAACACGGAUCAGGAUCUGCUUUCCCAUCUUCUUAGGAGUCUUGCCAACCAAACAAGUGAGCAUGGGGGAAAAAGUGUAGCUGGCCUUUUGCAGGGGCGUCAAAAUUUGCUGACUGAUGGGACUUCAGUUGGGCAUUCUGAAGCUGUGAAUUAUCUCACAAAUGGUCCUCAGGGACAUCCGAGGCCUGUCACGCAACAUCAUCAAGCAGUAUCUGUAUCUGGAGUUGCACAACAAGGGAUGCAUGAGCAUAAUGCUAGUGCUGGAAAUAUACAAGCCACAUGUUCUCUAAAACCCAACGUUCUGAACAAGCCUCCAGCUUACUUAGAAGGAAGAGACACCACUGCAGGGCAGAUCAAAAUGAACAAUUUUGAUUUGAAUGACAUAUAUAUUGAUUCAGAUGAUGGGAUAGAGAAUCCAGAAAGAUCACCUGCUCCUACAAAUGUUGGGGUGAGCUCCCUUGAUUGUCUUUCAUGGGUACAACAAGGAUCACAUCAGUCUAGUCCACCUCAAACAAGUGGAAAUUCAGAUUCAGCAUCUCCCCAGUCACCCUCUAGUUCCAGUGGAGAAGCUCAGAGCCGUACAGAUCGAAUUGUCUUUAAACUCUUUGGGAAAGAGCCAAAUGACUUUCCUCUUGUCCUUCGUGCUCAGAUUCUUGACUGGUUAUCGCACAGUCCAUCUGACAUUGAGAGCUACAUCAGGCCUGGUUGUAUCUUUCUAACAAUAUAUCUGCGCCAGACUGAGGCUGCAUGGGACGAUCUUUGUUACAACCUGAGUUCCAGUUUGAGUAGGCUUCUGGAUGUUUCAGAUGACACUUUUUGGAGAACUGGAUGGGUUUAUAUUAGAGUACAAAAUCAAAUAGCCUUCAUUUACAAUGGCCAUGUCAUUAUUGACACAUCCUUGGCUCUUAGAAGUAGCAAUUACAGCAAGAUUUUAAGUGUCAAGCCUAUUGCAAUAUCAGCAUCUGAGAAAGCUCAGUUUUCUGUAAGAGGCAUUAAUAUGGCUCGGCCAGCAACAAGGUUAUUCUGUGCACUAGAAGGGAAGUAUCUGGUUCAGGAAGCUACUCAGGACUUAAUGGACAGUGUUGAUAGUGUCAAGGAGCAUGAUGAGCAAAGCAUAAACUUUUCUUGUUCUAUCCCUCUUGUGAAUGGACGGGGAUUUGUUGAGAUUGAGGACCAUGGUUAUAGCAGCAGCUUCUUUCCUUUCAUAGUUGCAGAGGAGGAUGUUUGUUCAGAGAUCCGUGUGCUUGAGAGUGCUCUUGAGUAUGCUGAAACUGAUGCAAAUCUCAGGGGUUCUGGGAAUAUUGUUACUCAAAAUCAAGCCAUGGACUUCAUUAGUGAAAUGGGUUGGCUUCUCCAUAGAAGUCAGUUGCGGUCUAGAUUGGGUCAUUUGGAUCCUAAUGCAGAUCCAUUUCCUUUGAAGCGGUUCAAGUGGCUUAUGGAGUUUUCUCUGGACCAUGAUUGGUGUGCCGUAGUGAGAAAACUAUUGGACAUUCUACUUGAUGGAAGUGUGAGUGAAGGAGAACAUCCUUCCCUUAGUCUGGCAUUAUUGGAUAUGGGUCUCCUUCACAGAGCUGUAAGAAAAAAUAGUAGGCCUCUAGUGGAGUUUCUCUUGAGAUAUGUACCCAAGAACAUUACACGCAAAUUAGAAUCAGAAGAUAAUGUGACAGCUAAUGGAGUAAAUGGGAACUUUUUGUUUAGGCCUGAUGUAACAGGGCCUGCAGGCUUAACUCCACUCCACAUUGCAGCUGGAAAAGAUGAUUCUGAGGAUGUACUGGAUGCAUUAACUGAUGACCCCAAAAUGGUGGGAAUUGAGGCGUGGAAGAGUGCCCUUGACAGCACAGGCUCGACACCUGAAGACUAUGCUCGCUUGCGUGGCCACUACUCUUACAUCCACCUGGUACAGAGGAAAAUAAACAAGAGACCAACAACUGCAGAGCAUGUGGUGGUUGACAUGCCUAACAAUGUGAAUGAUUUGAUUGUGAACCAGAAGCAGAAUAAUGAAUUCAGAAGUAGCAGCAGCAGCCUAGAUAUCGGAAGGUCGGAGUUGAAAUGGAAUCAUCAGCAGCAGUGCAGGGUUUGUGAUCGGAAAGUGGGGUAUGGAAGCCGUAGCAGGUCUUUGUUGUACAGGCCUGCAAUGCUGUCGAUGGUGGCCAUUGCUGCAGUCUGUGUGUGUGUAGCCCUUCUGUUUAAGAGCUCACCUGAAGUAGUAUACAUUUUCCGGCCAUUCAGGUGGGAAUUGUUGGAGUAUGGAACAAGCUGAGAUCCCAUCCACAAGAAUAUGUACUGUCUUUAUAUAGUUUGUUGUACGUUGUAAACGCAUUUUAGACUGUAAAGUUGGGAGUUCUGCAUGUAGAAAACGGAGAGAGAACCCCCCUGCCUACGGAUGGGGUGUGGAUUCCAUGAUAAUAAUAUUAUUAGUAUUAUCAUUGUUA